GGCCCCCUUGUCCUGCUAGUCCAGGAGAGAUCUUCUGUGACUCAUGCUGAUAAAGAAUUCUGCCUUUCUGGUAUCUCCAGUUCCAUCAGGGAGUUCACUCCAUCCAAUUUUGUUUCCCAGUGUCACCCAGUGUCUCACACUGCUCAUGGUAGCCUCUCCCCUCUCUGGAUCCCCUGGUUUGGACCCUGGCACUGCUGGCAAUGGCCAUGACCACCUGCACCAUCAAGGUGGUGCCCCUGGACAUGGCCUGGGACUCCUUUGAUGACCAGUACCGGGGCUGCCGACACGCCAUGACCGAGUUGUUGCCAGCCCUCAACAGCUUUGAGUUCCAGCAGAAUCCUCUGUUCGCCCGGGUCUGGGUGAAGGCUGUGGCUGAGUGGUGGAGGCGGGGGCCCCCUGUGACCCCUCUGUCCCCAGCCCAGGCCAUCGCCCUCAUGACCUACACAAUGAAGGACGUGUACAAGGAGUUCAACAAUGCUGUGUGCGUGGCCGGGCGAUCCCGCCAGGAAUACCGGGACAACUUCCACUUCAAAACGCUGCAUUUCCUGCUGACCGAUGCCCUGGCAACACUGAGGGACACUCGGGGACCACGAUGUCACCAUGUGUUCCGGGGGGUGCGUGGCGUCCGGUUUGAGGGGCGGUGUGGUGAGACCGUCCGGUUCGGUCGCUUCACAUCGACAUCGCUGCAUAAACAGAUCGCUCAGCAAUUUGGGACAGACACGAUGUUCCAGGUGCAGACGUGUUACGGCGUAGACAUCCGAGAAUUCUCCUCCAAUCCUAGUGAGGAGGAGGUGCUGAUCCCACCCUUCGAGACCUUCGAGGUCACCAGUGUCACCCAUGAAGGAGACAGGGCAUUGAUCCAGCUCCGCUCCAGCGGGACCUUCAGCAGAUACAGCUGCGAGUGGCUACGACGUGACAUCAUGGGGAAAACCUGGAGGACAGGGACACCCACUGUGGACCAGCUCUGUGGGGACCAGCCCUGUGUGCUCAAUACAGGCAGGAACAUCUCCAGGGCCCCGUCCCAUCUCAGAGGGCUCCUCCUGGCCACUACAGCCCUGGCAGUGGCCACCAGGAUUGUCUGAGCCAUGAAGAAAUGAAGGUUACAGUCAUCUCCACGAUCACCAAGGCCAUCAUGAUCCCCACAGAAAGAGGCAAGCAAAGCUACCAAGGCCACCACUGCCAUUUUCCCUGGAGGAAAAAGAGGAAAAAGCAGAAGAGAAGAGAAAAAGAAAAUCCUACCUGCUCCCCACCCCCCACAUUUCAUUAACUCCCCUUUACAUCUUUGGACAUUGAUUUAUUUGCAUUCUUGCCCAAAUUCUGUGAAUUCCCACAUAUUCUGGACUUAAACCCAACCAAUCUCUAUUUCCACAUCCUAAUUAAUUUAACCUAGAAAGAAAUAAGAGGCAUGUUUCUUUACAGAUUGUGUGA